UGACGAUCAUUUUCAGAGGAGAGAGGAAAGAGAAGAAAUAAGGGGAAAUUUGUGACUGAAAUUCUCUCCCUUCUCCGGAAAUAAGAUUUCAGAUAGAGAGAGUCCAGCUCUCUCCCUGACCAAUGGAGAGUCAAGAAACAGGAGAAAGCCUAAUUAAAGGUAUCCCCCUCUUUCUCCAGCAAUUCAGAGCUCUUCUCAAGAAGAACUUCCUCCUUUCAUGGCGCCACAAGCUCGCAACCUUUCUUCAACUCUCUUCCUCUCUCUACUUCCUCUUCCUCAUCUUCUGUAUACAAAAGGCCAUUGAAGCUCGCUUCGCUCAUACCACCUACUUCGAAAAUGUUAUGGAUCCAAAACCCCUAACUGCACCUGCAAUUCCUCCAUGUGAGGAUAAAUUCUUCACAAAGACUCCAUGCUUUGAUUUUUUAUGGAGCGGGAAUUCGAGCACGAGAGUUCGUUCAAUUGUUCAAAAUAUUAUGGCUAACAAUCCAGGAAGGCCAAUUUCAUCUGAAAAGGUAAUGUCAUUUGGAGUGCCAGCUGAAGUUGAUUCUUGGCUUGAGAAUAAUCCGAUGAGGUGCCCUGGAGCCUUACAUUUUAUUGAGAGAAAUUCCACUGUCAUAAGCUAUGGACUCCAAACCAAUUCAACUGCUGUAUCUAAGAGAGGGAAUUUUGAAGAUCCCACUUUGAAGUUUCAAAUCCCACUUCAGAUUGCAGCUGAGCGUGAGAUUGCUAGAUCUCUUAUUGGAGUUUCAAAUUUCAACUGGAUUGUUUCACUAAGGGAAUUUGCGCACCCUGCCAUAGAAACUUUCUCUGCUGUUGCAUCUACUGGACCAGUAUUUUUCCUUGCAGUUGCAAUGUUUGGUUUCGUGUUUCAAGUCAGUUCUUUGGUUUCUGAAAAGGAGCUUAAGCUACGCCAGGCAAUGUCUAUCAUGGGUAUCUAUGAAUCGGCCUAUUGGUUAUCUUGGCUCAUUUGGGAGACUAUUCUGACACUUAUCUCAGCACUUUUCUCAGUGCUUUUUGGCAUGAUUUUUCAGUUUGACUUCUUCCUCCACAAUGGUUUUAUAGUAGUAUUCCUCGUAUUCCUACUGUUUCAGUUCAAUAUGAUUGGUUUUGCCUUCAUGUUAUCUACUUUUAUCAGCAAGUCAUCAUCUGCUACAACUGUUGGUUUUUCAGUCUUCAUUAUUGGCUUCUUAACUCAGCUUGUCACACAAUUUGGAUUCCCUUAUGGAGGUGAUUACUCAGGAACAUAUCGGGUGAUCUGGUCUCUAUUUCCUCCCAAUCUUCUAGCUCAAGCCCUUCAACUCCUUGGAUCUGCAACUGCCACCUCUGAAGACCCGGGCAUUAGCUUGGGGGAUAUCUCUAAGUGCCCAGAGGCUGAUUCCAGUUGCGGGUUAACCAUUGAUGGCAUAUAUAGGUGGCUUGUGUCGACUUUCUUCUUGUGGAUGUUUCUGGCCAUCUAUUUUGACAAUGUCAUCCCAAAUUCCUAUGGUGUUAGAAAAUCAUGUUUUUACUUCCUGCACCCUUCAUACUGGACUGGCAGAGGCGGGAGCAAUGUUGAAGGUGGUGGCCCUUGUAGUUGCACAAGUUCAAUUCCACCAUUAACCGAUGAAGGACCAGACGAUGAAGAUGUUCUUGCAGAAGAAAGCCUUGUUAAACAACAAGUUUUUGAUGGUAAUCUUGAUCCAAAUGCAGCUGUUCAUAUUCAUGGUCUACUAAAAUCGUAUCCUGGUACAACAAAGUUGGUUGGGUGCUGCAAGUGCGAGAGGUCAUCACCUUACCAUGCUGUGAAGGGAAUAUGGUUGAACUUUGCCAAAGACCAACUAUUUUGCCUUCUUGGACCCAAUGGAGCAGGGAAAACCACCACUAUCAACUGUUUGACGGGCAUUACACCUGUGACUGGUGGCGAUGCACUAAUCUAUGGAUAUUCCAUCCGAAGCUUUGUCGGGAUGUCUUGCAUUCGGAGAAUGAUAGGAGUGUGUCCUCAGUUUGAUAUUCUAUGGGACUCCUUAUCAGCAAAGGAACACCUGCAUCUCUUUGCUAGCAUUAAAGGCUUACCUCCUGCUUCAAUUAAAGAGGUUGCUCAUAAGUUAUUAUCAGAUGUAAAACUCAUAGGUUCUGCCACAAUGAGAGUUGGGAGCUAUAGCGGGGGGAUGAAACGCCGACUCAGUGUUGCGAUAGCCCUUAUAGGUGAUCCAAAACUGGUCAUCUUAGAUGAACCGACCACAGGAAUGGACCCAAUCACCCGAAGGCAUGUUUGGGACAUCAUUGAGGAUGCCAAAAGAGGGAGAGCCAUUGUGUUGACGACUCAUUCAAUGGAGGAAGCUGACAUUUUAGGCGACCGUAUAGCUAUCAUGGCAAGAGGCAAGCUUCGUUGCAUUGGAACCUCAAUCAGGCUGAAGUCACGCUUUGGAACAGGUUAUAUCGCUAGUGUGAGUUUCUACGAAGGAAGCCCAAGGCAAACUCCAAACAACAAUGAGUCCGAUAUUUUAAACAUGCGGCAGCGUGUGCUUGUAAAGGAGUUCUUCAAAGAUCGCUUGGAUGUGCUACCAAAAGAAGAGAACAAGUCAUACUUGACAUUUGUCAUUCCUCAUAAAAAAGAAGAGCUAUUGACUGGUUUCUUUGCUGAACUUCAAGAUAGAGAGAGGGAGUUUGGGAUUUCGGACAUUCAUCUGGGUCUCACAACCCUUGAGGAAGUGUUUUUGAACAUUGCAAAGAAAGCAGAGUUGGAAUAUGCCACCAGUGAAAGGCACUUUGCAACGCUAACUUUACCCUCUAGACCUUCCAUUCAGGUACCCACUGGAGCUAGGUUUGUUGGGAUCCCCAGCACUGAGUCCACAGAUAACCCCAGGGGUGUUAUGGUGGAGGUUUUUUGGGAGCAAGAUGACACUGGAACACUCUGCAUUUCUGGCCAUUCUGAUGAAAUGCCAAUUCUAUCUGAUUAUCAAGUCUCGGCGCCCUUAAGAAACGCCUCAUCUCGACGAUUAUCUCUUGGAGCGAGACCGGCUCCGGUAGGGUUCGUUGUCGAAACCGAUCGAAUGUAGACGAAAAUUGGAGGGAGAGUAUACAAGAGAUCAUGGAUGUAUGGCAUAUGUACACCAUAGGUGUGUCUUACCAUUUUUCAAGGCGAUGGACUUUCACGAAGAUACGGUUAAUCUCCGCGGUUCUUUGUUGAGAUGGAUGGUUGAUGCACCUAGGUUGUACCAUGUAUUAGACCUGUGGUCUAUUGUGCUCAUCCCUGGCAUAGAAAAUGCCUUCUUUUAUUCCUUGUGUAAUUUUGUGAGGUAUUUGUUAGGUGUGGUAUGGUGUAACUUUGGCCCAUACAUAGGACAAUUCAUUAUCUUAUUGAAAACUAGUGUCAAAGGUAAUUUCAUUGUAUUAUAUUUCAGAUAAAUACUAAGCAACAUGUAUACAUUAAUAAUUUGUGUUUGUUCAA